AUGGGCUGUGACCUACGAGCAAAGGAUUUCUAUGGUGCAAGCAACAGUGAUAGUUUUUCAUCCAACAACAACCUAGAUGAUUCCGACAAUCCCAGUGACCUACAGCCUGGCCUGUCUGGAGUUGAGGCUGAGGGUAAGAUGAGGUUAAAACUGUCCCUAGGUUUGGGCUCUCUCCUGCUGGAACAUACGAGUUGUGACCCAAAACUUUUGAAAAUCGGCAUCACUACAAGCAUUAGUGAGUUUUCCAACCUGGUAUGUAGAGCCUAUGAUUACCUGUGCCAGUCGAUCAAGAUACCCUCAGCUUUUUUCACGCACAUCACAUGUUCUGUAAUAAAGUUCUUCAUUGAGAUGGGUGACAGAGGAAAAAGUUUUUAUGUCCUGAAAGAAGUUCGGAGACUGAAUGCCAAGGAUCCCAAUAUUUUUACCCUUCUUGUUCCACCAGAUCAGGAAACUACAAAACGUCACACCGCGGAGGUCCUUGAAUUAGUGCAGUUUGUCUGUGAGGGGAAGGUACAGCUGUCGGCACCAACUUUCACACUUCUCAUUAAUGCCAUUAGGGCUGUUGAUCAACUGGUGCUCACAAUAGACCUUAUUAUUUGUGCUGUAAAGGUGUGCCAGUAUGACCCAGAGGUUUCUCUGCUGGAAAUUUUGAUCCUUGAUAGCAUCCGCAAGUUCCCACAACUCCUUUGGCCUGUGUCUAACCUAGUCUGUGUCCUGCCUGCCAAGUCCCUUGUUCACCUCAUUCCUACCUUGAGACAUGUUUUGGAUAUGCUUCACUUUGCACCUCCGCCAGCACAGCAGGUUGAGGACAUCAUUGUUCGUUACUGCCAUAGUAAGGGGGUGAUGUUAUAUGAAGAGUCGGUAGGGCAAUUUCCACAGACAGGCAGAGAAAGGUAUACUAGAGCCAGUCCCAAUUUUCCUGGAAGUCAAGGGCAUCAAGAGGCACUUUACAAAGAUGGUAAUGUAAAUAUUCCUUCUCAGCCUAGCAGAUUCAGAGUAGGUGACUGUAAUAAACAAGAGAGAAAUGGGCCAGUUAUAACAGAGAGCAACAGAGUAUCAUCUCUGCCAUCUCUGGCAAUAAGGAAACAGUUGAAUGCCCCAUUGCCAGUGCAACUGCAAAACACCCUCCAAAAGCAACCAACAACCUUGAGGCUUGAUCACAAAAUUUAUAGGAACACUGGCCAUGAUUAUCAGAAACCUUCAUCCAUUACAGAUGCUCCAAGGCCUAGCCUGCCCAGAUCCCCACAAAUACAGAAUAUUCCUGGAUUUUCAGAGAAUAAUUCUUUGCCACCAGGAAUUAAAAUUAAUAUCAUUGGCUGGCCCAAUGUUGAAACCAAGCACACGAUGAAUAGUACAGGUCAGGUCAUUCAGAAGUUAAAAUGCAAACAGACUGACAAUGUAACAGUGAGUGAGCAACCCAGUUAUUCUCAGAAGGCUGAAGGACCAAAUACCAUUACUGGGAAUUGUAGCAAAGUCCAGAGUCACUCAUUGGAAAUGGGUGAGACUGGCUUAACAAGGGAACUGAAGACCUCAAAGUGCAUUCCACGCAACCAAAGAAUAAGUGCAGUUGCAUCUUCAAGGUCCAGGCUGGACCAUUUCCGAUUCAUGAUGCCAAAGAGUGGAAAAGGAUUCCCUCCUGUGGAAACUGUUGCCAAAGGUUCUGAAAAUUGUAUUUCAGAGCCAGUUCAGCUAACCAAUUGCUCAGCAGAAUCAGAGAGCAACAAGUAUGGAGAUUUCAAAAUUGAUUUGCAGGGAGUUCCAGACCAAAGCUUAGUCUCUGAGGAUGAGUACACAGAGGUUGAACAAGGAGAAUCAAACUCCAUGGCAACCCUGAAUAAAAUUCUUCGAGGAUUGACAAAGGUGGAGAACAAGACUGAGAGGAGAUGGAGGCUAACGGAAGUAUUUAAAGAGUUGACCAAAGGAGAGAUUCUAAGAAAAACUGCGAGGAACUUCUCUAACAUUGUCAGAGCUUUGAAAGAGAUGAAAAACUUAAAAGCUGCUGAAGAGGUCCUUGGUGAGCUUGGUGUCUCUCUGAUGGUAGAGUGUUCUGGGCAGCGUUAUGUGGCGGAGGCGGCAUCAGUUGUCAGUUUGCUUCUUGAAAGUGAUUUAUUAGUCAGUGCUUAUUUGCCUCUACAGAAGGAAACCCCUCCCUCAGAGCAAGCAUUAUCUGUGAUGGCCCUGGAGGUGCUACACUCGACAGGACACUGGGACUCUUUCAAGAAGGUCUUGGAUGAUGUGUACUGGUCUGGAGGCUCAGAGGAUGUCCAAACUAAACUGAAAUGCUUAUCCAGGAUACUCCAGUGUCUACUGACAUCAGUGCCAGUUGACUCCACCUCACACAUUGCAAGGCUUCAGAACGCAGUCAAGAUCCUGGCGUCACUUGUCAAGUAUUUUCGGUAUGAUGUCCAAAUAAUAAGGAAUGAAUACACUAAGAUAAUGGAUUUAGUCACUUUCUUUAUCAAGACUUGGAAGUGCGUAAACGAAUCUGAAGUCCCUACUCUGAUAAUGGAAGUAAAAGCACUUGUUUUAGAAGCAAAGUCGUUUGGUAUCAAAGUCCCUGAAGAAAUUGAAGAAUCAGCUGGAUUUUGUGAUAUGGAAAGACAAGAGACUGCCAGUUUGCAUAUGGAUGAACAUAUACAAAAGACUAUAAGAUUACAUCAAAAUGCUAGCAUCAAAGGUGAGUUUUUCAAGGGUCCGAAAAAAACACAUCAGCUUCUGUGUCCAGUUAAUAAAGGAACACUCUGGAGAACUUGCAAGCAGGAUGUGGGGCUGCCUGGGGGAAAUUGCAAACAGGAAUCAGCAAUACCUGGCGAAGGUUAUAUGGAAAGAAGAGACAGCCAAGGAAAAUCAUUCUUCCAGGGCAGAACAGUACCCAUUGCAGGUAGCACUAGUAUGUGGGACUUGUCAGAGGAGAGAGGAGCCAGCCUAACAGUAUGCUUGCAAGGUAACAGUGAUGCCAACAUUGCAAGGAAGGUAGUCAUGCAUGGCCAAGCAAGUUCGGGAAUAGAGAGUCGAAACCAGGCCCAAGCUCCCAUUGUUAGCAAUUCCAUAAUGGAGAGAGGUGAUUCUUGGAAUAGACAGGUGUAUCCUUCAGUAUCGCCAAACAAGCAAGCCCAUAGAAUUAGAAUGGAAAUGCAGAAUCCAUCAAGAUUUGUAGGGAGGGCCAAGCAUCAGUCAGCCAAAGGACUGACAACUUCACACAACUCAGUGGAAUCAAAUUGGGGAAGUGAGUUCUUCAGCAAGGGCUCCAAGAAGUUUAGGAAGGCUAAGUACAAGGGAAGCAAAAGACAGCUGAUGAGACUAGCAAACAGUGAUGAUUGAGUGAGGAGGGGAUAAAAGGAAGAUAAUUGUGAUAAACAGAAUAGAAUUAGUGAAAGUAAAGGAGUAUUUUUCUGGGGGGAAAAAAAUCUUUGUACUAGAUUGGAAAGAAAUAUAUAUGUAUUUAUAUAUUCUAUUGGUAAGCAUUAGAAAAAUUAUUACUUUUGCCCUUCUCCUUGGCCAUUGCUUCCACCUUCUCCCUUCCCUCUUCUUUUCUGCUCUUUUGUCUCCUCUUCUCCCUCUCUCUUUUCCUCUU